UUCAUUUCCUCUCCAAAUUAGCCGAUUCUGAAACUGGGUCGCUCUGAAUGCGAAAGAAUUCGCUCCAGCCAUGGCUGUGGGACCUUUAAACACCGCCAUUUUUGUUCAUUGACCUUGAAACCCAGAACGUGCCUUCCAUUGUUGUUCUACAGGAAUGUAAACGAUUUGGCAGUUUUAGGGCCAUAAAUCCUAUCCUCUGCGAACUUGGUUCUGUUUAAAACAUUGAUUUGAAGCUCCUAGAACUUCAAUGUUUGGAGGAUUUCGAGGAGAUUAAGGCCUUAAGAAAGAUGUGAUUUGAACAGAGGGAUUUUUGAGCCAUUCAUGAUCCUUACUUUACUGGAGAAUUGAAUAUGGAACCAAAGUCGUCUAUCAACGCUCGGACUGAUCGACGAAGUGAAAUUGGUUCUUUCGGUGACAGGAACAAGGAUGAGUUGUUGGAAAAUGGUGAAUUGGGUCUGUCGAAGUCGAUAUCGAGAGGGUUGAAUAAGAGGGUAAUGCUGCCUCAUGCAUUAUAUUUGAAGUUGAAGCAAUACCGAAUCAGUAAGAGUUAUGUUCACGAUUCGUUUUUUAACAGUAAGAUAGGGUUAGACUAUAACGUUCCGAAGUAUAUGCUGACAACAGAUGAGAAAUAUCUACGACGAUGCUUGGAAUCGAUACAGAUCAGUGCAUCGAAGGCUGCACGAUGUAAUGCAUCUAUAAACUUGAGCUCGGUGAAGACUGAUGCUUUGACUGAUACGACUAGAUUAAGAACGAGAGCGAUGGGUGAUUUGGAAAAGUUUGUUAUUGCAUGCUCGUCAACAAGCGUGGAUGGCAACGAGGAUGUAACCUCGAGCAAACUGUCGUUUGUUGGUUCAAUUAUGGGAAGUAAGAGCAUGAUCAACAUAUUGAAGAGCCCUUUAUUGCAACAACUCGGUAUCACAGAUGGCACGUCGAAAAUCGUAAGAAUGGACUUGAAUGAUAUCAAAGGCUUCCCAGAAUGUUUGUGGGUCUGUAGAAUCUGUUAG